AUGAAGGUUUUACCACGGGGCCCGAUUAUUCGAAUUACCCCACCUUCCAGCCACGCGGUAUCAUCAUCGAAAACAACAACAACCGCCGCGGCGCUAGGUUUUGGGCGGGAUGAUUGGGCGACGGGGCGGGAUAUUUCAGUGGAGGAGCGACGAUGUGGAAUACUUCUGGGGAUGCGAGAGAUCGCGCCGCGCCGGGCUGCCGCCUCGACUACCGCUUUAGCGCCUCCUUCGCUGCCGUUGUUUGAUGCGGUGGUGAAAGGCCAAACCAGCGAUUUUCAGGUGAACGAAAUCACCUCCAAUGCGGCCGCCGCGUUUCUCACGAAGGAGCCGAAGGCGCGAUGGCGAAAGAUCUCUCGCCAAAAAACUCUCCUCGUCGAGAACGCCAGGGAGCCGUUUAGCAACCCGACGAAAUCUUUUUCCCCUCUCGUGCAGAGCCACGGGGAGUACGUGCGGUUGCUCGGGAGGCUUCCUUCGGAGGAGCCGGUGUUACAGUUCGUCGUCUACCGUGACGGCGCCGCGAUUCCCGACUUGUUGAAUCGUUUUCGAUACGAAAUCGGUGUCGAAAAGGCCGCGGUGCAUUUGCGUGAAACCCCUGGAGGCUUCCACGGCUGCAUCUCCCAGUUCGGGACGUGUGUAGGGGUCACGAAGGAGCAGCUCGCGCACGUUUCCCGGCAUUAUAAUCUUCAUCCUUUAAUUAUGGAUCCACGUGGGUAUCAUAGGCUUGAGGCGUGGCCUUCCCUGACGGCCCCACCGCACGCGUAUUUUUAUCGCCUGUUAUUGCGUUGUGUGGAAGGCGAGGAAGGGAUCCUGACGGAGGCGCUUCGGCGGUGGAAGGAAACGGGGUUUGUGAAUUACUUCGGCAUGGAGCACUUCGGGUUGGGGGAGAAUGCGAUGUUUGAUUUGGCGGCAUUUGCCGCACGCGGCGCGGUGGAUCGGGCGUUAGGGUGUUAUCUUCAAAGCCUCGCCGAUGCGAAUCCGUUUCAUCACGGGCAUUUUAUGGCGUACGUGAACGCGGAGCGUGGAAGCGCCGCGGGGAUCAUGGAGCAGUGGGCCUCCGAGAGUCGUGGCGUACGCGCGACCCCGGCGAUUCAGCGGGUGUUGCGCGCUUUACAUCGCUACCACGCCGAGGCCAACGCGGAAGCGAAGGAAAACGACCGCCAGGGCGAACCAACUCCACCCCAUGAAACGAAAGCGGCAUCCACGGAGGAGGUGGGAGCCAUCGCGUGGUUGGAAAAGGCCUGGCGGGAGCUCGGGGUGGAAGGGGCCUGUCGGCGGAGCGCUGCGGAGUUUGUCUGGAAUGCGAUGGCCUCGCAACGGCUGCUGAGUUACGGUGGGGAGGUCGUGGUGGGGGAUCUCGUCCGCGUUGCGAAGGGCCCAAUCGAACAGGGCGAAAACGCCCCCAACGGCGAAACGUCCGCAAACGACGGGAUUCGUCGGGUCGAGACCUCUGCGGAGGCCCGUUCCUUCACCUUGGCGGACGUCGUGCUGCCCGUUCCCUACCCCGGGUCCGACCUCACACGGGCGGUCUUUCCCGCCGCGGGGGCGCUCACCUCGGGGCUUUUUGAAGACUUCGCGAGGCGGCAUCAUCUUGAAUUCUUAUUCCAUCCCCCUUCCUCGGAGACGGGGGAAAGGCGUGGGGUGGUGUAUCGCCCGGUGAUUCGCAAACCCCUUCGCGUCUCCGCGGCCGUCCUGCGCGAUCCGUCGUCCUUUACCGCCUUGAAAAGCGAUCGCUUCCUGCGGCAGGAGCGGAAGGCGAUCGAAGGGUUGGAGCUCGAUUACCACGGCCGGGUGCGGGAGCCGUGCGUUUUCAACCUCCCCGAGCGAUUUGCCGAGCGGAUGGCGUUGGUGCGGCGGCAUCACGCGGGGGAGGCGUCCGUGGCGGUUUCCUUCGUCCUCCCCGCGGAGGCCUCGCCGUGGGUGGCGCUGCGGGAGGUCUUCGCGAUGAAAUACCUCCACUUCACCGAUUUGUACUUCACCCAGCGACGGGACGUCGAGUGA